UCUCACCAUGGCACCACUGAUCGUACACCACCUCAACAAUUCGCGAUCCCAGCGCAUUCUGUGGCUUCUGGAGGAGCUCAAUGUCAACUACGAGAUCAAACACUACAAGCGCGGACCCGAUAGGCGAGCCCCAAAGUCUUUGCGAGAUGUUCACCCGCUUGGCAAGAGCCCCUUGAUUACUACAGAGGAAGGCAGGGUCAUCGCUGAGAGUGGCACCAUCUGUGAAUACAUCAUCAAACGAUAUGCACCUUCCCCAGAGGCCUAUCGUUCUUCGUUGAAGGAGGGAUGGAUUGACGACUCCUACUGGUCGCAAUUCGCUGAGGCUUCGUUCAUGCCGGCAGCAGUCAUGAAGCUGGUAUUCACCAUUGUUCCUACACAGUCGCCCUUCUUGGUCCGUCCGCUAGUCUCUGCUAUUUGCAAUGGUGUGAUCACUGGGUUCGUUGAUCCAGAGCUUGCUAAACUCUUGAGCUUCGCAUCGGGGGAAUUGAAGGCAAAGGGCGGUCAAUGGUUCGCAGGCGGGGACGCAGAAGGCAAUCCAACUCUCGCCGACUUUCAAAUGUUGUUCCCCGUCGAAGCAGCCGUGUACGGUGGCCGCAUGCCUGCCUCAUUCAGUUUCGAAGGGGAUGGACGAGUCGUCAAGGAAUGGAUCGAGAAGGUGCACGCGAGACCUGCAUACAAGCGAGCGCUCGAAAAAGGAGGACCCUACGAUUAUGCCUGAUAGGCGGGGAUGGUGAUGACCCUUGCGGGUCGAAGGGGUCGAGGAGAAGUCUCAGGCAGUGUAGGACGCUCAGCGCCUUCUUGGCCCGCUCUUCCUCUCCCAGUGUCGGCCAAGGAAGAGAUUCCGCCGGAAGCAAUUGAAGUGUACUUGGUGUGGAAAUGCAUUAUACAUAUGAGUCGGACAAUGUCGACUCGCUAUUCUCCUUUCUGCCCUUCCUUUUCCCUCCUUUCCUUCUCCUUGCCUUUUUCGAAUCUCCUUCUCUCCACCCACAUGCAGAACGGCAAGAAGACGAGGUUGACUCCUGACCAUGCAAAGAGCACACCAAAGUAUUGGCCUAGGAAGUGAUUGGGCAGAAUACCGUAGAGAAUGAUCUUGGUGGCCUGCAC